AUGGAUGUUUUCCAUAUUUUUCUUGGAAGACCCUGGCAAUAUGACAAAAAAGUUAUACGUGAUGGGAAGCACAAUACUUACACUUUUGAGAAAGAUGGCAAGAAACACAUUCUUACACCCCUAAAGGAAGAAAAAGUUGUUGCUAAACCUAGCUCUAAUGUGAUGUUGAUGGGAGGUAAGGAAUUUUUACACCAAAUGAAGAAGGAAGAGAUAAAAUUUGCUUUGAUAGGAAAUCUUAAAAUUGUAGUCACUAGUACAAAGCUAAUUGAUUUGCCUGAAGAAAUUCAAGACAUGUUGAAAGAGUAUGUAGACAUAGUAGUGGAUGAUCUUCCUAGUGCUUUACCUCCAUUGAGAAGUAUUAUCCAUUACAUAUAUUUGAUUCUAGGAGCAAAUCUUCCAAACAAGGCAGCCUACACGAUGACUCCAAAGGAGAACAAAGAAAUCAAGAAUCAGGUGCAAGAGUUGUUGGACAAAGGACUAAUAAGAGAAAGUUUGAGUCCUUGUGUUGUUCCAACAUUGUUGAGUCCAAAGAAGGAUGGAAAUUGGAGAAUAUGUACAAAUUCAAGAGAAAACAAUAAAAUGACAAUCAGGAAGUAUGGCUAUCCCCGGGACAGUCAAGGGGCAUCUCAGACAUCCCCUGCCAUCUUGGAGAUGGCAAAAUAUCCCUGCCAGUUUCCUAUUUCUGUAACAAGUUUCAGAAACAUUACAAAGAUUUGA